AUGCCGAUCUCGGCAUGUCAAACGGUUACCCUUCUGUCCUGCAUGGUCCUCUGUGUGUCAUUAUUUCUUCCCAAAAUAUUUUUAUCCAGAGGGAGAAAGGAAGUUGUGCAGUCAGAGGUUGGGCCUGGUCACUUUCCUCCCAUGAGAUAUGGCCAACAAAUCCCAGAGGGUCAUGACAACUGGGAGGUAUACUCACUUUAUGCAAGGCCUUACAACCCAGAAGCUUUUGCCAAGACAAAGAGUACAGGAUUGUUCAGCAGGUCCAACCUCCUUGGGCAGGUCAUUCCUGUUUAUGGCUUUGGGAUCUUCCUUUAUAUCCUAUACAUAUUCUUCAAGCUCACAUCUAAAGAUAAAGCAGCUAAACAUGGAUGCAGACUCCCCGUCCUAAGGGAAGAGAAUCUAAGCAUGGAGAUAACUGAUUAUGAGCUGAUAGAGCUGCGGGCCAGGCUGAAGGAGACUGAGGGGGUGGUGCGGAGGAGAUCUAAAACUGUCAAGCCACUGUCCAGCCGGAGGAAGAGAAGCACUCGGCGACGGGAGGGGAGAUUGCGGCGCCGGUUACAGGACAUUAGCCAGGUGAUGCAGGAGGGCCGGUCAUUGGAAGGAGUCUCCCCUGAGAUGGAGGCUGAGGAAGUUCCUUAUACAGCAGACUGGGAAGGCUACCCAGAGGAGACAUACCCUGAGUAUGAGGUGCCAUGCCGCAGAUACCGGAGAUACCCCAGUGUCAUCCUGGAGGAGCCUGACCCAGAGCUACCUACAGCUGAGGAGCUGGCAGAGAGGAUGGAGGUGGAGGAGGGGGUUGUAGAGGACAAAGGGGAAGGAAAGGAAGUGCUUGAUGAGGAACAGGAAGGCUGUGAAGAAAGCAAUGUUGAGUACAAGUGUGAUGAGGAGGAAGAUGAGGAGGAGGAAGAUGAUGAGGAAGAUGAUGAGGAAGAGGAAGAUGAAGAUGGUGAAGAGCAACCUUGUCUGCCUGAAACACCAAAUAUGGAGGAAAUGGAGGAACGGGAAAUGAAUACAUUUUUUGGAGAAAGGGAAGACCGGCCACCGAGUAAAGGAAGAAAACAAAUCACCUUCAGUGGUCAUAGGCAUGUGUUCCACUACCCAAAGGACGGCACUGUUGGCUGUAAAUACGUGGAAGAAGAGGUGGAGGAAGAUAAAGAAGAUGAUGAUGAAGAUGAUGAGGAUGAGGAUGAGGAUGAUAAUGACUAUGAAGAUCAACUCUACGAAGAAGAGGAAGAAAAGGAUGAAGAGGAACGAGGGGAAGAUGAUCCACUAAUGGUGGCAGAGAGCCUUGGAUUUAAUGCAGAGGUCGACAGUGAUCCUGAGGAGCAGGAAGAAGACCUCAUAGACUUCCUCUUAACCUACCAGCCUGAGAACACACAGAGCUUCAGCCAUACACUCGUGCCCAGAGACCUCAGCUCAGGAGAACUUAGGAUGCGUCACAAGAAAGAUGUUAGAACCUGA